CAAAGUGUUAUUGAACAAAAAUUUGUUGAUUUAAUCGCACACCCAGUCGGAAAAAACACAGCCUGGAAAAUUCUGAGGAAAACCUAAUAAAUCCGGCCUAGACGUCGGGCUUCAAGAUGAACCGCACCGACGACAUGAAGCGGUCCUCGCUGCACGAUCACAAGAUGAACGCAAUGGCCUCCAUGGGAUGGGACGUGGACGCGGACAUCCCGAUGGCCAGCGCCGAGAACCUGGCCAUUCUGAAGGAGUUGACCAGGCUCCGUGCCAUGAAGUUGGAGGUGCAGCAGCACAUGAACUCGCUGGAUGAGCGGGAAAAGGCGGUGGAGCGGCACACACGUAACAUUGAGGGCACUAUCCAGCAGAAUAUGACUCUGUAUAGCUCCAUGAAAGAUGACGUCAUUAAGGAGGCUCAUAAGGUGCAGCUCGUUAUUUUAGAGCGUAAUAAAAUCAAGGAGGAUUUGCGCAAAAAUCAGAAGGAGCUGGAGGAGUAUAAAGAGUUUGCUGAAACCACAGAGCGGAAAAUAUGCCAAAACAAGCGCGAGAUCGAUGAACUCACCAAGCGCAUCAAGUCGGCCAAGACCACCCUGGUGGAGUGGACCGAGGCGAUGGAGGAUGGCAACAAGGGCUAUCAGCUGAUCGAGAAGUACUAUCUGGACGAUCAGCAGAAAGCUAGGGAGUUGAACACCAAGCGCCAGCUCCUUCAGGCGGAGAUCGACAAGCGGCGCAAGCAGGUAGUGAUGCUCUAUGAUGAGCAGACCACACUUGAGAAAAAUCUGGAGCGGACAGCCUGCCUUUACCGAGCCGCUCAUGUGGAGCGUCGUCAGAUGGUGGAUACGUGGAAGAGCGCCGUCAAUCAGAUGACCCAACGCGAGUCCGAUAUUCAGCUGAGCGAGAUCGAGUGCUCCGAUCUGGCCAAGAGGGCCCUGAUAGUAGGCCAGAGCUACAAAGACCAUGACCACCAGCUGGACGAGGUAAUCGACAACAAUCGUCAGGUGGAGAUGAGUAUUGAGAUGUUAAAUGAGGAGACGUCGGACAUGAAGAACCAGAUUCAAAGAAUUGUCGACGCCUCAGCUCUAAAGGAGCGGGAGAUCGAUGGCUUGCGCCGGGAGCUGGAGAACCUCUCGAACCAGGUGCACUUGCAGCGAGUGGAGAACAAGGCUCAGACAAAGGUGCGCGACAAUAAGGCAAAAGAGCUUGACAACUUCGAGGCCGUGAUGGAGAAAGUGAAUGGCCGACUUAAGGCGAUCCAAAAUAAAGCGCUAAAUGCGGAACAGCGGCUGCGCAUCCUCGAGGACAUGAUUGAGGGCGAGGAUGAGGCUCUGAAGGCCCUUGACAAGGAGCAGGAGAAAGUCAACGAGUUGCUAUAUCGCACACAGCGGCAGGUCGAGGAGCUAAGUGACGAGAACAAGAUUCUCGUCGUUCAGAAUGACUCCCUGGCCUCCAAUUUGGCUGCCAUCAAACGCAGCCAAAAGACCAUCUACCAUGAACUCCAACGGCAGACGGAGAUCCAUUACAGCCUGUCCUUUAAGUAUCUGGAGGCGGAGCGGAAGUACGCGCAGAUGAAGGGCCAUAACGACGACCCGGAACUGGAGGCACAAAACCUGGCCAAGCUGAGCAGUCUGGAGGCGGAGUUCGAGAAACUGACCCGCCUGAUCGCCACCACAGAGGCGCAGAACAAAAAACUCAACCACAACAUGAACAACCUGGUGGUGCAGUACAAUGCCGACGAAAAGGACUUGGAUAUGGUCAGGUUCAAGAUCAAGGAGGCUCAGGUCUACUGUGAGGGAACUGUGAAGAGACUACGUCAGAAUCGCUAUGAGAACUCGGAGCUGAUCGUCGAUCUCAAUAUGGUGAAGAUGCGCUGCAAUGACAUGGAGGUGGGAAUCGGGGGCUGCGAACAGGGCACCUAUGACCUGGACCAGCAUCGUCUUGCCUUCCGGCGAGCCAUCAAGGAUCGGACCGUGGAGCUGCGCAGCCAGGAGGAUGUGCUCCUGCUGAAGAGAAAACACCUCAACGAGGAACUAAGCACUCUCCGGGCAGAUCUCGGCGAGCGGAAGAAACAGAUCGAGGCGAUGCAGGCUAGGUUCGAGCUAACAUCCCAGCUGCUGGGCAAGAACGAGGAUGGCACCAUUAUGACCAGUACCCAGCUGAAGGUGGCCAGCGCCCAGGAGCGCCAGAUGCUGGCCGAUGAGGGUGACGAGCUCAACAAGAAGGUUCUGAAGGCCGAGAAGGAGGUAGUGGCCUUGGAGAACACUCUACGCCAGUUCGACAAGUCCAACGAUAAUUACCGCAAAACUUUCACAUCCGCGGACGACAAUUCCAAAGAUCGCGAGCGAGCUGAGAUUGAGCUGAAGGAGCUAGAGGCCUCCUAUUGCCGCGACCUAGAGAAGCUGAAGGUGUUGCGCUGUAAGGCCCAGCACUACGACCAAAAACACGAAGCCCAGAAGGCCGAGGAGGACGACUUGAUCCAACGGCUGGAGAAGGCACGCGCCCAGCGGGCGGAAAAUGCCGAGAUCCUGGAGAAGAUCGAGCGAGAAUUGGAGGAUCAGCGACUGAAGCUAGAUCGGGCACAGCGUGAAAUCCGAAUGCAACUCCAGGAGAUACGGGCGCGGCCAUUCAGUGACGAAUUUUUGGCCGCCUUUGAGCGGGACGUCAGCUUGCAGGAGCUGGAGUCGCGAAACAACAAGGCCCUCAACAUGAUCACCGAUCUGGCCAAUAGUGACGAGAACGGUACGGAGAUCAUGCACUAUAUCCUGCGGAAGGGCAUCAAAAUGCCGACCCACUUGAAACGCACGCGCAGCUGCGUCUCCUGGAGCUCCUCGGAGAAGUCCUCUCAGAUGCAGGAUGCUGGCUCCUACAUCAGCGUCAAGGGGAAAACCUUCUUGGGCGCAUCCACUAGUGCUAGAUCUACGGCCUCGGAAAUAUCCUCCACCUCCAUGAAGGACGACAGCUCCACUGCAUCCCUCUCCGGUCUUAGCAUCGUAUCGCUCGAGUUGCCGGAUUUCCAAAAACCUCAACAAAAGAAGAAGUCGAAGUAGUUUCAGUUAGUUCGUUUAUUGUUUUUAUUUUUAAAUGUUUGUACUUGGUUUUUGAUCUCGAUCCCAUAAUGAUAUAUAUUUUCCUUCGAGCUUCACGUGCUUGGUCAUCGCACUGUUUACAAAUUGGCCAACUAAACAGAACAGCAAAUGAGAUGCGUUGGCAAAGCGGGCCAAGACAAGAGAGCGCCAGUGGUAAUAAAAAUAGCGCACCAAAAAUCGAAUUGGACUACACCCGAAAA